CAGCUUUUUGAAAACAUACGCUCCAUUUCAUCCAAUGCGAGAAAAAGCUAAUGUUCAAGGACGUACAAUGUUCAGGUCCCUUGAAUCUGGACAAACAAUGUGGUGUGUUGAUCCUACCAGAUAAUAUAGUCUGUACAAGAUCCUUGACUUGUAAAAUACAUUCAAUGGGAGCAAAAAGAGCUGUAGAAGGGCGAAGUCAGCCAUUUAAUGACCUGUUGGCUGCAUACCAAAAGAAGAAUACGGGUAGAACAGCGCAAGUCAUAGGUUCUGCGUCUCAUCAACAAAUAGACAAAACGAAUCAGCAAAGAUCCGCGGCCACACGAGCUAAACUAGCAUCUGCUACUACUACUACUGCUACUGCUGCUACCGCAGCGUUAACAACAACAACAGCCCCAACAAAUGCAGUGGUGGAGGUUGAUUCAGAUGAAGAGACAGAAAAUGUCUUUUUGGCUAUUAAACAAUUUCAACCUAUACCGCUGGGUCAAAAACGAUACUAUCAUGUUCGUCGUCGAAGAGCUUAUGUCAGAUUACGCGAUAUCUUAUUGGAUGCUAUUACACCCAAAUUGUCAGGAUCAGCAGCAGCCAUAUCUGCAACAGACCCGCCAACAGCCAUCGGUGGCGAAUUUACUUGUUUAUAAGAAAUGUAUCGCGUUUGAGCGCUCAUCUGUAAACUUAUUUAUUAUUCACUUGGCCUAAGGACAUUCAUCAUGGCCACGAAUAAAAGAGUGAGUAUCCUUCUCAUGCCGCAAAGAUUCAACAACAUCUCCGACU